UAAGAGUCGGCUUCCACAUUUGGCCAAUUUUAGAUUACAUAUUCCUGCACAUGUAGUGGACACGGAGUUACUUCAGCCACUACCGGAGGGUCUGAAGUUGGAGUUGAUAAUUAGCAAGGUUGACAGCGACACGAUAGAAUGGGCGUGUCGAGCUGCUUCUGCGCUUCAACCAAAGGAGAGCCAAUAUUGUUUUCUGUCCCUACUUGGUGUUGGCAAUAGCACACUGGUGUGCCACCGCCUGCUGGAGGCCCUCGUUCGCGACGGCGUGCAGAUGGCCAAGGAUGGCGCUCCUUGUGGUUUCCCCAAAAUUGGCCACGCAAGACGCGAGUCAAAUGAGGAAGAGCUUCAUGGCUCGGCUCGGCUGUCGGUUCCGAUCCUGGAGAGAGGACACCAUCUGGACCUACUCCUAGCGCCGCCCCAGUUUACCCUCUGAGGUCGUGCUUCUUUUCUAACUGACACAUUCUUCUGAGAAAAGAGGAAAACUUUCAUAUU